UAUUGCUGUGGAUGGCGGAAAACCUUUUACAACCACCAAGGAGGGGACAGACUUUAGAAGAAGUUGGUUGCGAGUGUUUCGAUGACUUGGUUUCAAGACUAUUCUUCAAGCAGGUCGAGAAUGACGAUGAGAAGUAUUUUGUGAUGCACGAUCUCAUGCAUGACUUGGCAAUUUUUCUUGCUGGAAAAUUUUGUUGUAGACUAUCUGAAGAACUUGGUGAAAAGGAAGAAAUGAGUAUUCUAACUCGUCAUCUGUCAUACGGUGAUUCAAUCCCUGAGAAAACAUGCUCCUCUAAUAAAAUAGAAUCUUUGAGGACCUUACUGUAUACCAAUCAUGGAGCUGGUUUCUGGAAAGCACGCGCAACAUUACCAUGUGACAUAUUGUCAAAGAAUAAAUACCUAAGAGUUGUAUCCUUUGAUAUACUCCCUAUAUAUCCUGAUUCAAUAGAUAAAUUGAUCCAACUGCGCUAUUUGGAUCUUUCUAGGAGUGAUAUUGAGGUAUUGCCACCGUCAUUAUGCAACUUGUGCAAUCUACAAACUUUAAAGUUAGAAGGUUGUUCAAAGCUGACUAUGCUGCCCAAUGGCAUGUAUAAUCUUGUGAAUUUGCGGCAUCUUAAUAUAAAGGGUACUCCUCUGAAAGAAAUGCCAAAAGGAAUGGGCAAAUUAAAACAGUUGCACGUUUUAAGCAAGUUUGUGGUGGGAAAGCAAGAAGACAAAAGAAUCCAAGAGUUAGGAGGGCUUUUAAAUCUUCAUGGAUCACUUGAGAUUCAGAAAUUGGAGAAUGUGGUUGAUGCCAAUCAGGCAAGAAGUGCAAGGAUAACAGAUAAGAAGCACAUUGAGGAGUUAUUGUUGGAAUGGUCUUCAAGUGAUGAUAUGGUUUCAAACACACAUACUAAUGAACAAGAUAUCCUCCACAGCUUGCAACCGGACACAGGCUUGAAGGAGUUGAAAAUCAAGGGAUACAAGGGUACAAUAUUUUCCGACUGGUUGGAGCGCUGUUCCUACAAAAAUAUGACACGUGUAACUCUGGCGUCCUGCAAGAAUUGCUGCAUGCUGCCUUCACUUGGACAGCUGCCUUCUCUUAAGUCCCUGUGCAUCUUAAGUUUUGAUGAGCUGAAGAGCAUUGGCAAGGAGUUUUACAAGAAUGAAGGCAAUCAACAUUCUUUGCCAAUUGCACCGUUUUCCUCACUAGAGGAAUUGAUAUUUCAUAAUAUGCCAAGUUGGGAGGAGUGGCACUUACCUGACUCAGAAGCCUUUCCUCAGCUUAAGAGCCUUGAAAUAACAGAGUGUCCAAUGUUAAAGGGAGAUAAGGUUAAUCAUGUAUUAAUGAGAAUCGUUUCUUCGUCAUCGGAUGUUUCCAAAGUGCGCCAACUGAAAAUACAAGAAGUAGAUGAUGAAUUAUGGGGUAAAGACAUGAGGCUUGAUGGGGAUAGUUUAUCAAUUAGGGGAUUUGAAUGUGUGGCGGAGUGUGCAUUUAAGGCAAGGAUCAUCCACCAUCUAACUUCCCUCCAAGAAAUACAAAUCUCAGAGUGUUCAUCUGUUGUAUCCUUGGGGGGCAAUUGUUUACCCAAAUCUUUGCAAAAGCUCACAAUCUUUUAUUGCCACCAAAUUGAAUUACUCCAGCAACAAGACAAGUAUGAUUUGGUAGAGCUACGAAUAGAUUACAGCUGUGCUUCACUGACCUCAUUGUCGUUGGAUGCCUUUCCCAAACUCAAGAAUCUCGAGAUAACACAGUGUGAGAAUGUGGAAUCAGUUUCAAUGUCAGAGCCACCACAUGCUGCUCUUCAACAUCUCAGCAUCACAAAUUGCAACAAGUUGGAUGCAUUGCCACGUGGCAUCCCAAAUUUACAGUCUCUUGACAUACUAGGUUGCCCAAACAUUUCUAGGUUGCCAGAGGGAGGUUUGCCGCCUAACCUGAAAGAGCUUAGUAUCGGGAGACAAUGGAGGGAUCUAUCUUGGAUGAGUAACUUGGACGCCCUCACUCAUCUUACCAUUCAUGGUCCUGGCUCUGAGAAUAACAUAAGGUCAUUCCCAGAAGUGGGUUCGCUGCCGCACCUUCCCUCCCUUACCACUCUGAAGAUAAGCUGGUUUGGUAAUCUGGAGACAUUGAAGUGCAGCGAGCUUCUCCGCCUCACCUCCCUCCAACAACUACACAUUGAGUUCUGUAUGAACCUGAACAAUAUGGAAGGACAAAAGCUGCCUCCCUCUCUCUUAAUACUCAAAAUUGAUGGCUGUCAUUUGCUGGGCGAACACUGCAAGAACAAGCAUCAACAAAUUUGGUCCAAAAUUUCCCACAUCCCCACCAUUCAAGUCAAUGGCAAGCAAAUUUUCUGAGUAGAGGUUUCUCAGCAGGUAGCUAGUGCACAUAUAGAGAUGUAAUCCAAUACAUUGGCUAUACAUCUUCAUUUUAUUCUAAGCUCAUUUGAGGUGGUAAUUAAGCUGGAUUCAUGUAUUGGGAAACAGAAACUCUCUGUUUUCUGAUUUUGGCUUCAAGUUAUUGUGGCACUCAUUAUUGAAAAGCUUUGGUUGUUGUUGGUAUAUUUCUCUAUUCCUCUCUAUAAUUUUCUUUCUUGUUUGCUUUUUGCACAGAGAAAAAAAUAAAUUAUAACUUGAUUUGUGGAAAGAAACGAGUUAUAAAAUUGUGUUUCUGUUUUUGUCAAUUCUUUAUGAUCAUGGAGUUGCUGUUGUUACAAGAUUCAUGUAGGAAGGAUAGUGAAAGGAGUCAGCAUGCAUAAGGUGUUAAGUUUUUGCCCGUAGAUUGAAUAAAUAGUAGUAGAUAUGCCUAUAAUAAGCUACUUCUAAUACUUAGAAAAGGUUCUGUAAUAAUAACUAUUUCUUCCUUUUUGGAUUUGGGCACCUUAUCAAACUGAUUUCCCAAGGUGAUGAAGGUAUGUAGCUAAUGCAGUCAAGACUCAAGGGAUAUGCUUUCCAUAUUUGAAGAUGACAAUCAUGUACCUGAAGUAGUCAAAGAUGUUGUAGUGAUGCCAUCAGCAACAAUUUCGUUCCUAUCAACUUCACUCAAUGAUGUGUGCAGUUUGUACAUAUAUCAAACCAUUUGUGGUUCUGUAAACUUUACAUGUUUUUGGUUCACAUUUAUAUGCUUUGGCGCUUGAUUGUUUUGACUUAAUGUAAGUAUUUGAUUUGUGCACUUAUUUGAGAUU